GUUUGUGGCAUAGCAGCAGCGUCGCGAGACACAAGCACCAUUUUGAACGCCAACGUCGCGCGUUUUCUUUCUAUACUUUAUUAUUCUGGAUAUUGUGUUGUUAUAAUUGUGUAUUAAAUGGAUAAAUCUGCUAAAAACCAUAGCGGCAGCAGUCAGAGAGAUAGCUGUUCUUUAGGUAUAUUAAGUAUGGACAAUCUCAGAGUUUUUGGGGAUAUGUCAAACUUAAGCAACGCAAGCAGAGAAUCAUCAAAUGUUCACGAGCGGCUAAAGACGGGAAGGCUUAAGGCUUUGGAAACUUUGGGAAAGCCACGUCCACGCUGUGGAUAUGCAUUUGAAGAACAUGAUGAUAAGGAAAGAAGCAAGCUUAAACCCGACAAUCGUGUGAGUUUUGCAACCAGCCGAAAAAACAACACCACAAACAUCUCCGAUCUAAUCACUGAAGAAACCAUUGACCUGAAUUCAAGUGGCUCCAUUCUGAUGGAAACGGCUGCUCCAGUGGGCACAAAUAUAUUCUUUGAGCCGGACGAGAUAACCGGGCGUUCGACAUUAUGCAAAAGCGGCAAGAAUGACUCAAAACCUGGUAUUCAAAUCUCUGUGGCAGAUAUACUAAGAUCCUCGUUUGUAGACAAAGCGCGCGUACAAUUUGCACAGCAGCUGGAGAACGGGCCGAUUACUGAAAGUUCGAGCAAUAGCACUUUGAGUGAUUCAUUUAGUUGUUCUCGCAGCUUGCCACGCACUGCAGAUAUGAGCAGUUCAAGCCUUAACGGUGGCUCUGGCAUUUCCUUUGGCCUUACAGCUGGUCAGGGUUAUAAUGAGAGCUUUGCUCCGGCUGAGAUGAUGCAGUCACAGUUAGUAAUGGGCGAAAUAUCGUGGGCGCAGGAAUUUGCCGAUGUCCCAACGGCCACCCUCAGCAAGCAAGCAUUGCAAAAAAUUGCAGCGCCAUCCUCCCCAUUAGAAAUUGAUAACUUAGUUUCCAACUCAAUCAUUGCUGGAGAUCCCAAUUUUUCGUUAGGCAAUUACUUUCAAAUGCGCUCAGAAAAUUUAUCAUUCAUUGUGGGUCGAUCUAGCCGAGGCGGGGAUCGCCAAGCUGAUCAGAAAAAUACAACGGUAAGCAGCGCAGGUGAGAAAACGCCACAAGUGGAUAAUAAAACUUAUACAAAGCUCGAAAGCAACGCCAAGGUCGAACGCAAUCUGAUGAAGAAAAUGCAACAUGAUCAUUUUAACAAGGCAUUGCAAGCCGAAACAAAGAAAAAGCCAACUACCUCGGAAUUAUUCAGCUUGUCAGCCAUUGAUGCUGCCUUGCGCAAUUUGGACGUGAAUUCAGAUACUUCUGUAGGUGAGGUUGUCAAUAGGCUGCGUGCACGUAACCAUGACCUCGAACUUGAUGAUGAGGAUAAAGAGAAUACGUUGUGCAAAUCUACAUCCGUAUCAAAGUUUGCAGACACCAUGAGCUUUACAGAUUCGCUAUUGAAUUCAAGUGACUUUCAGCAGUUGCAAAAAAGCAUGGACUCAACAACGAAACGACAGCCGUUAAGUCCGCUGGCGGACUAUAUGCCAAGCCAACCUAUUAUACUUAUAAACGCUAGCGAAGGUCAUGACGCAGACAUAGAUGAAUGGCCAUCGUCACCAGUGAAGUCACCUGGACGUCGUGUGCGCCACACAAAAUCUCCGAACAAUAACCGAAGCUUGAGCCCUACAAGAAGCGAUGGCCUUAAACCACUAGCCACCACGGAUGAGGAUACUGAUGUAGAUGAGAAUAAGACGCCGCUCAGAAAAACACGCAAUAAUACUCUUCCUGUUGUACGCACUCAAAAUUCGUUCUGUUCCACACGUGUCGAUAGCUGCGAUGCAGUCCCAUCUUCAUCCCAAUGUGAUUUUGGCAUUUCCCCAAAUCUGGCUCAGAGUGUUUCCGUUUCCAAUUUGCAACACGUAUCGCCUUUAUCGUCGCCUCGCAGCUGCUUGUCUUCGCCGCUUCUGGACAGCACAACGAGCUCGGAACGUCGUCUUUUAGCCGGUUCUAGCUUAGCACGCAGAGUUAAUACUUCUCCAGCACCCAGCGACGCAAGCUCCACAAGUGGAUUUAAUGCAAUGCGAAAAGUGGGCAGUGGUACACAGGUGAGUGUAGCACCACGAUGUAUUUCGAGUUGCUCCAACUCGAGUGAGUUCAGUCAUCGCGACGGAAAAUUGCUGCCCUUGAAGGUCACCCACACAAGUCUCUGCUGGGGCAGCACGAAGCUUCGUACAGAUGUGCGCAAAUCCAUGCAAAUCAAAAAUACAAGCGACAAACGGCUCGUGGUUCGCCUGUGCAUACAAGGACCUGGCUUUCAGUUGGUUAGCGGUGAUAGCAAUGCCAUCACAUUACAGUCCAUGGAAUGCCGAAGCAUUGGCAUUAACUUUUGUCCGACGGUCAGUGGCGCAGCCAUUGGAGCGCUCAAGUUCUAUGCGCCUUUUGGUGCCAACAAUUGCCAGCAGCCAGGCUUGGAAAUUCCUCUAUAUGGUUACGGAGGGAAUGCCUCAAUUACUAUACAAGGGUUACUAAAAGGACCUGUUGGUGCCAGCUUCCUAACCAUAGGCAAUGUAUGCGAGCUGGCUUCGGGUGCUCUGAUGGCUAGCUUUAAGUUUUACAACAAGGGACCGCUUACAGCCUUUGCUGGCAUCACAAUCGAUUCAACGGUGUUCUUGAAGCCACGUCUCAAUGCCGCCUUUGAGGUGCGUCCCAACAAAGUUAUACUUCCUCCUCACAGUGAGGCUAUGGUACAGAUUGUAUUCCGACCCAAUCGUGAGGAUAUCAAAAACAUUCUGAAAAAGGCUUCGUCGGUCCUCACAUUGGCCAACAUGCGGGUAUUUUGUGGUGAUGAACCAAAUCGACAGCGUAUGCGAGCCUUAGUACAUCGUAUGACGAGCGAACAGCGGGAGCAAUAUACCUCGUCCAUGCUGGACAACAUAGUGUGCAGCUUUCCCAGUGAACGGCCCAUACGUAGCCUAGCCAUGCUAAACGAGCCUCCAGAGUUUAUACUUGAUCUGGUAACCGUGGUUCGGAUUAUUGAUGUGGCAUUAACUUUAAAUCGAGACUUGGAUGAGUCUGCUGAAACUUCACAUCUUUGUUUGUCGGACGCCGAUGAGACUAUUCUGUUUCGCACUGUUUGUGCAGCCAAUUCCCCUACGCCAAGCUAUAAUCUGGAUCCCGUUGACGAGUUGCACGAGGCAGAUACGACUUCAGCCAUGGAACAGCAAUCACUGGAACGCAACUGGUCUGUGCAACCUACGUUGAUUGAGAUUGAUUUGUCCAACAGCAGCGGCUUAGACGGAAUUAAGUUAUUCAUCAAGAACAGAUUCAGCUCUCGUCAAUAUAUUGAAUUGAAUUGUAAUGUUCCAGACAUUCUACACAUUUCUCCCAGUGAAUGCUAUGUGGCCCCUGAUGGUGGUCAUGUGGAAGUUCUGGUACGGCCAUUGCGCACACCGAAACGUGAAGUACUUAACAAACAAAUGCAAGUCCUUGUCGAGGUGUCCAUGGGAAGUGAGCGUACUAAUGUGCCCGUUACUUUUAAAGUCUAAAUUUAUAUAAGUGCAUUUAUCCUUUACAGCCAUGGUUUGAAUUGUGUUAGUUUUUAAUUGUGAUAUAUAUUGUAUUUUUAAUUAUUUUCCUGUGUCAUUCGUGUAUUCAAAUAGAUAACGGUUCGUUAAAUGAACAAUAUAAUUUUUUAAGCAUUAAAUCUCCUGUCAAGAAUGUAUGACGCACUGGGCACACUUUUCGCACCAAUGAAUACAAAUGUUUAAAGAUGCCCGUUACUUAUUUUAAAUUUAUACUUGAUCCAUUUAUGUUAAAUUAUGCUAGUUAAGAUUUAAUUUCCAUUUUCAUUGUAUUGUUUUACUUUUUCGUUCAUUAAUAAACCGAACCCACAGUCAAGUUUCCAUUUAUUUUUC